CUGGAGGCGGAGCUGAGGCAGGAACGGGCCGCACGCCACCAGCGAGCGCUCCGCCGCCUCCAGGCCUCGGCGGGCGCGGGCGCGACGGCCGCGCGGGUGCGCGACGCGCUGCGGGACCUCCUGGGGAUCGAGGCUACCGCGGAGCAGACUGGGCGCGUCAUGCGCGCGCACGGCCUCAGGGGCCAUGACGGGCGGUUCCAGCUGAGCUCGGAGGCGGAGGCCGCCGCCUUCGCGCAGGCCGUCGCGGCCCUGGCGGCGUGGGACCAGGCCAGGGCCGAGGAGGCGGAGGCGGCGCAGCGCCGCAGGCAGCUGCGCGAGAGGCAGCUCCGAGAGAGGAUCGGAAGGCGGAGGCGCGGGCCAGGCGCGAGAGGCGGCGGAGCGCCGCGCGCUGGCAGAACAACGACACCGGCUGGCCAGUUCGGCUGCUGGCCGUCUUGCCGUACGCCCUGCCAGCUCUCGACAGCGUUCGGAUGUAUGGCUGCGCGGUCGCCCAGCACCACCUGGCAGCCUUGGCCCCCCUCGGUUGGGAGCUGCCCGCGGGCUCCCUGGAUGCGUGGGAGCUGGCGGCGCCAGUGCUGUUCUUCAUGA